AUGCUGCCUUCUCCCCCUGUGAUAGUCAUCGACAUAGAUGAUCUGGAGAGCCUUCCGGAUCUUGAUAUCCAAGCUUCAACUGUUUCAGUCAAGUCGGAGCUGACGUUGGAGCCGGAGCAUCAAUCGAUAAACGAACUCAAGAGCGAGCCCAAGGAAGAACCCAAGGACGAACCAGGAGAUGAAUCUAAAGACCGAUCACAGGAACAGCCAAAGGACCAAUCACAGACCCAAUCAAACGACAAAUUUAAGCAAGACCCGAAGGAGGAACUUAAACAAGAACUCAAACAAGAAUUCAAGCAAGAAUUCAAGGAUGAGCCCAAGGAAGAGUCUAUGCUUUGCACCCUACCUAUAAUACCACCUAUCAGACGUCGGCUUGACUGCGUAGAGAUUCCUCCAAUGCGGCCAUCGCUGAGAAGAGCAUGGGAGCGGGAGCUAGCACGUGAACGAGAGCAUCACCGGUUCCGAAUCCGGCUUGUUCAUCGGACGCCUCUUUUAACAUCCCCCACGUCUUCUUGUUCACCUAGCCCAGAAACACGUUUUGUGGUAAUAGCAGGUAUUCGACUGCCUGUCUCUCGAAUGCUGGACACGAUGUUUGACUGGAUUCACCGACGGCAUGAGCUCUUUUUACGACGAUUUGAAGGUCACCCUCCCCCCUGGACGGAAGAUCCUAUUCUCAGAAAUCACCGCUUCACAAACGUCUCUAGAACAUACGACCGUGCAACUCAGUUCCUGAUAAAUAGAGUGAUUAAUGUGGGCGAUCAAACCCACGAGGAGCUUUUCUUUCGGAUGGUUUUAUUUCGGUUAUUCAACCGUAUUAGUACCUACGAAUAUCUCGAGCGUCGCUGUGGUCCACUCACUAUUGCGAAUUUCAACAUACCAAGGUGGUCCGCCGCACUUACAAGGCUGCAAAACGAAGGCAACAGUCUUUACACAGGAGCAUAUCAGGUCAAUUGGCCUAAUUUCGGUGCUGAAACCGCCAACAAACCUAGCCAUGAGAAACACUUUAUCCUUAUCAAGCACAUGCUCGAGGACGAGCUUCCUGAAAAGAUGAGGAGAUACAAGCGAUUGAAGGACGCUUUCGAAAGCAUACUGUUAUACCCCAGCUGCGGUCAAUUUAAUAGCUACCAGCUUGCCCUGGACUUGAACAUGCUUCCCGAAGUUAACUACGAUCAAGACACUUGGGCACCAGUUGGUCCAGGCUCCAUGCGUGGAUUACUUAAGAUGUUUGGUCCUCGUGAUCAACAUUGGCGUCGCCUUGGAGUUGAUACGAAUCAACCUAUUCAUGGGCCAGGUCUAUGUCCUCCCAGAAUCGGGUUGCCUGAAAUUGAGCAUGGCCUCUGUGAGGUCGAUAAGUAUUCACGAAUGAAAUAUCCCGAAAUCAAACUCGGAGGCGGAAAGACUCCCACAACCAUCAAGCACCGAUUUAAAGAAGAGUUGGCUACUCAACCUGUCACCCGCGACCUUCCACUUAAGUGGCAGAAGAUGUAUCCAUGUCCGUGA